CCUACGACUUCAUUCAAGCAAGCAAGCGUUUUAAGUGCGCAUCUCCUAGAUGCCAUGCAUGUAGCCCAGCCCAAGUCUUUUGGUCUGUAAUGAUACCCGUCCCCAGAAAUAGCCUCAAGUCACCGUUCUGGUCACUUUCCUCGCUUCUCUCCGUCACCGCGUGCAGGUCGGUCCCUGGAUUUCCGCGCUACCUUGGUCGAACUGUCACCUUCUGUCGCUAUCCUCUACACUUUUGACCGCCUGAAUAUUCACGCGUCACUGCAGUGCAGCGGUGGGCCCCUCGCCAUCUGCAUAUGCCUACCCCGGUACGGAAUACGGCAUGCCGCCUCCAGCGAACUUCUCUGCCCCUGCCAGAGACAAGGAUAAGCGAAUUGAUUCCUUCCUUGCUUUCGCUUAUGACUUACAAAACAAACUACCGGAUCUUACAGUCCAGAGUGAUAUCAACCGCCUAACUAGUGGCCUUGAUAGCCAGAUCCGAGCCAUCAAGUCUUGCACCCUACGGAGUCCAGGGCUCCAUCGAAAUGCGCCGCUUGACAGUGCCGGAACGUCUCUAUGGAACCUGUGCACGCAGCUCAUACGUCGAAAUCACGACGAUCAAAGUAGUCGCCUGCGCAAGGUUUUGAUCAUGUCUCGCGUCUUUGCGUUUCUCGUGCUCGCUCUAGCUCAAUGGGGCGAUCAUAACACGCCAAGUCAUCUCAUUCGCCUGGAGAAGCUUGCAAUUAAGACGGGCAGAUCGUGUAUAGGCAAGUUGCAGAUGUCCGUUGCCGUGAUGCAUACAUCGAAAACUGAUGAUGGCGCAGAAUGGGGGGAGCUCGAGUUCGCGCUGGUGGCCCUGCAAAGAGCCGCAGAUUACAACGGAUUAUUGCAGAAUAUGCAUGGGAAGCUGCAACAAGACCAGUCAAUUGUCUUCAACAGGCUGGAAGCAGAGUAUUGCAUUCUUCGCAUCGCACUGUCAUGGAAAGAGGACCGCCUCGAUGUCGCAGAGCACAUGCACAGCAAAUCUGAGUCUCUGAAGGAAAAGCUCGAUCCCACAUCUGCAGAGAAAUUUGCCGACACACUGUUUGAGAUCGGCAAGGAUUUGGUGUUGAAACGUGACUUUCCUCUAGCCGUCAAGUGGCUGGACAGAGCCUACGACUUUCUUAACAGUCAGGAACUUGAACACUUGUCCCGAGAAGCAAUCAAGCUGAGGCUCGCAAUUUCGCAAAUGCUAGUCCAGGCACUUAUCGGUUUGGGCACAUCGGAAGGCUUCCAAAGGGCUGAAAAUCAUGUGGGUUAUAUCGAAUCGGAAAUAGGAGACAAGCUCGUUGUCUUGCUUCUACGACUGGAAAUCCUGAUCAAAGCACCCAAGGAAGUCUUCGACGGCGGCAGCUAUGCUGAUGUUCUUCGAAGGAUGAUCAGAAGCGUGGAUAUCUCCGACUCGACUUUCAAACUUGUGGUCUCUCAUAUCCGCAACCUGGACGACAAAAAUCCAACCCAAGCUUUCCAGGUUCUUAAUGAGUUUCUGAAUAUCCAGGUUCUGCCAUCUCAAAGACAGGAUUGGAUCGAGCGGGUAGCUGUUCUUCAGGCGUACUUGGCUACAAAUCGUAGAGACACUGUAGACACAGCGAUGGGCCUCAAAGAGGCACUGGACAGUAUAGGGGCCAACACAGAGAAACCACUAGCAGCUUCUGUAGCGCUUGCGAUCAUCUCUUUGAUCUGGAAAAGAGUCGACUCCAACUACGCACAAGGACAGCUCGAUAUGGCGGAGACUUGGUGUCAACUGGCCGUGCAUCCUACCCUCGAGCAGUGCGGACCACAUAACAUCGCGAAGAUUACGAGGAAACUGCUCCUCUGCCAUCUACAAAGAAACAACAUAGACGGUGCCAAGGAAAUACUCGACUCGAUGAGCGAAACGACGAAAAAUCAACCUGCGACCAUGUAUCUGGCAUAUAAGCUAGCAAUUCGAAGUGGAGAUCGGGAUAUGGCAUCUAGAUGCAUCGAAUCCAUCAGCUCAUAUUCGGCAAAGGACCCGAAGUUCCUGUAUGCAUGCUGUGUUGAUGCACAACGAUGCGGCGACAAGCUAUGCGCUCUCGAAGCCUUGACGCAUCUGGCAAACAAGCACGAGUUUAGUCCGACUGGUUCUAUUCAUCUUCCCGCACUUCUCCGCGUCCUUAUUCGACUACAGGUCUCGGUCCUGUAUGAUCCCCAGCUGAAGGGGGAAGUGGACCACAAUUCGCAAGUCAAUGACUUGUGUCAAAUUUUCGAUGGGGUUGUCAGCUUGCUCCAACGGGAUCUGCGGGAUGAAAGAGGUGCCAAGCUAUUCUCCGUUGAUGAACUCAACUGGUUCUGCAGAAAUGCCUACAAUUUGGGCUUGAAGCAUACCGAUUGCUGGGAGCUUCGCCAAGUUAUCAGCAUAUUCCGUGCCUGCAUCUCAAUAAUUUCCCAUUACCCGAAGGACCUUUCCGCUCAGGAAGCUGGAGACCUAUCUCUGCGAGGGAUAUUUUGCAACUUCAUGAUCGCGACUGCGCUCAUUGCGCUAGCUCGCUCAGAAGACAAUGUUGAAGCACAACUACAACAUUAUUUGUCGGCACGGAGUCACAUCAAGGCCUUUGACGAGGAGCUGGAAACACGGCUCGGUAGCCUGGACGAGGAGUCUCUCCACGAUCUCCGGUGCAAGAUGUCGGCACUUCUGGUCUUUGAUUUUGAAGCUGCAGUGAGUCUGAAGAAUUGGGAUGAUAUGGCCACAAUUGCACGGAAGGCAAAAGAAUGUGGCGAUCUGGUCACGUUGCAGGCUAUGGCGGACUGUACGCUUAGAGCUAAAGGUCCUCCUGUUCAAGUUCUGUACUCUACUCUCCAAACGAUCAUUAAUCUCAUCUGGCGCCUCGAGAAGUUCGAUAUCAACAAGCUCGCAAAGUACAUGCGUUGCCUCCUCCAAGCCACACUGUCACAGGAAGUGGAAAUUCCUCUCCGGGUCAUCGAAGAGACGUGCCAACACGUGAGCCGGGCGGCGAACACGAAGAAGCCAUUCCCGGCCAUAGAACUGGAAUGGCUUGCCACGACCGCCUUCAACCACGCAUGCGACCUAUACAAGAGCCAGGAGGAUAAUUUGGCCAAACGGUGGAUCGAUCACUCGUUCUCCUUGGCUCAUUUACAUCGUGAUGGGGGAGUGUUAGAGAAGACUUUGCAUGAGCAUUAUACUCGUCUUAAAUGGGACUGAGGGGCGAGCGAUCACGGAGGGGUCUAUGACUGCUCGAGCUCGUCGGGUGAAGUUGGGCCUAUCGAGAGUGGAUCUUGAACUCAAAUGUAGAACGGCCCUUACGUGGGAUGCGGAUGAAAGGCAAGCCACUAGUGGCGAUAUACACGUGCUAUAUAUGUGCUAUUGAGGUUAUUUGGGCCCGGACUUGAGUUUUAACCUGGAAGAUAUAUGGCUGACUUCUGCAACAUAAACCGUGCCUUAAUUUAAAUCAUUG